CGCCCGCCGCCGGAAGUGUCGUGUUCACAGAAACACUCAUCAGCAUUUAGCCUGCAAGCGUUCAGAAUCAAACUUGUGCGUUUUAAACGCGAAUUAAACCCAGAACCCAGGAGAAUCUGAAGAUAUGGCGCAUUUAACGACAAACCCGGCGGAUAAAGAGCGGUUUAUGUGCAUCUAUCCAGCAUACAUCAACAGUAAAAAGACAAUAGCAGAAGGCAGAAGAAUAGCUGCGGAGAAGAACAAGAUGUAUCCGCGCGAAUGGAACAGAGACGUUCAGUUCAGAGGAAGAGUGCGGAUUCAGCUCAAACUCGAGGACGGAAGUCUGUGCCACGAGAAGUUUGCGUCUAGGAAAGAUGUGAUGUUUUACGUGGCGGAGAUGAUCCCGAAACUGAAGAGCAGAACGCAGAAGAGCGGCGGCGCCGAGGCCGGAGCGCAGCAGGGAGAAGGAGGGAAGAAAGCAAAGAAGAAGAAGAAGUAGACGACUGAAGAUGAUUUGUUUGUAAAGCGGCUCUGUUUUGGUUCCUCUUUGACUGAUUUUGUAGUUUUGGCACCCGAUGGACUUUCAUUUGAGCGCCAGAUUAUCAUUUAGUGUGUAAUAUUCGAUGAGCUCCGACACGUUCAGCAGCGAGACAGAGGUGUUUCUGUUAGUUAUGAAUGAUGGAUUGUGUUUAAACGAGCGCUGACAGAGCUUGAAAUACACGGGCGGCUUGUAUGCUUCUAGGUGUGUUUGUGAGGAUCAGUGUUUUUGUGAGGCUGUGAGGUGGUGUGCUUGUUUACUUCUGUUCACCAUCUCUCCAUCGCUCUGAAUGUGUGAAAUAAAGAGAGGAGCAGUCA